AUCUGCACGUCGGCUGCAGGUGCGAGGGUGUGCGUUUCACUGUCCAAUCCAAGACUCGAACAUUAUCUGAGCGCUUGAUCUGUGGUGGUUUGGUCUCUUGCGCAUCAACUUGAGAAAGGCGACAGUGCAUUAUAAAGGGAGAACGGACAGUUCAUUACAACCAAAGCGCCGCAUAUAUUGGCCCAAAAAUAACAAAUCAGAUUUUUUUUGGUCGGGCCUUUGUCCGGUCUUACGCUGGAGCUGUAGAGGAAGAGAUGCGUUAUGGGGGGUGUUUAUAACAAAGAUGCAGUACCUUACCUUCAUCACAACUCCCCUGUCCUCAUAUCAUUGUGUAGCCUAGCAGGGACAGUGAGGCCAUCACGCUAAACCAUUAUGACGGGUACAACAGAUUUCAGCCAUGCCAUGGGCGAUAUUGAAACCAACGGCGCCGAUUACGAAUAUGAUGAGGGUUAUACAGACGAGGUCUGUAACAAGAACGGCGUUGUCAAGUUUGGCUCCAUCGCCACCCCUGCCUUCUUCUCUGUGGUGACUAUCCUGAGUCUAGCGGGCAACAUCCUGGUCCUGGCCAUCCUGGCCAAGUACGAGAACCUCAAGUCUCUCACCAACAUCUUCAUCCUCAACUUGGCCCUAUCUGACCUGGUUUUCACCUUUGGUCUGCCCUUCUGGGCAGCCUACCAUAUCUGGGGCUGGACCUUUAGCCUGAUCCUCUGCAAGACCGUUACCUUUGUCUUCUACGCUGGCUUCUACAGCAGCGUUUUGUUCCUGACCAUCAUGACUAUCCACCGCUACCUGGCCGUGGUGCAUCCUCUGUCCGACCACGGUUCCCAAAGGGGCUGUUACGGGGUCACAGUCUCUCUCGUCAUCUGGGUUGUUAGUUUUGUGGCGGCCGUCCCUGCUUUGAUUUUCAGCUCUGUCCAAAAGAACCCCCAUGAAGAAGACAACCAUUUUUACUGUGAAUACUGGGAUCCGCUGUGGAAGAGAGUGGGCAGCUACCAACAGAACAUCUUCUUCUUGGCUGCUUUUGCAGUGAUCGGGUUCUGCUACGUGAGGAUAUUGAGGACAAUCUUCAAGUCAAGGUCACACAUGAGGAAUCGAACCGUGAAGCUGAUCUUCAGUAUCGUGGCAGUAUUUUUCAUUGGCUGGGCGCCUUACAACGUGGUGAUAUUUCUGAGGUUGUUGACUGACUACUCCGUAGCACCUUUCAAUACUUGUGAGGUCAGCACAUGGCUUGACUAUGGGUUCUAUGUGUGUCGACUGAUUGCUUUCUCCCACUGCUGUCUCAACCCUGUCUUCUACGCAUUUGUUGGGAUUAAGUUCAGAAAUCACUUGAAGGUGAUCUUGCUGAAGCUUUGCCAUCGCCAAAGCACCAUGGAUACACAACAGAUUAGAUUACCUAACAUUUACUCGAUGGGAUCAAUGUACUAGCACAGGGUUCUUCAAUCUUUCCUUACCCAGGGACCCACGCCAGGCAAACCGGCGACCCAAAAUAAGUCACAUCUGGUCAAAUCAAAAUCAAAUUUAUUGGUCACAUACACGUGUUUAGAAUAUAUUAUUGCGGGUGUAGUGAAAUGCUUGUGCUUCUAGCUCUGACAGUGCAGUAAUAUUUAACAAGUAAUAUCUAACAGUUUCACAACAUAUACCCAAAAUACACGUAAAUCUAGGUAAGGAAUGGAUUAAGAAUAUAAAUAUAUGCCAGAGUGGCAUUGGACUAAGAUAUCAUAGAAUAGUAUAGAGGACAGUUUAUACAUAUGAGAUGAGUAAUGCACUAUUUACACACAAUUAAAGUGACUAAGAUAUCGUAGAAUAGUAUAGAGGACAGUUUAUACAUAUGAGAUGAGUAAUGCAAUAUUUACACACAAUUAAAGUGACUAAGAUAUCGUAGAAUAGUAUAGAGGACAGUUUAUACAUAUGAGAUGAGUAAUGCACUAUUUACACACAAUUAAAGUGACUAAGAUAUCGUAGAAUAGUAUAGAGGACAGUAUAUACAUAUGAGAUGAGUAAUGCACUAUUUACACACAAUUAAAGCGACUAAGAUAUCGUAGAAUAGUAUAGAGGACAGUUUAUACAUAUGAGAUGAGUAAUGCACUAUUUACACACAAUUAAAGUGACUAAGAUAUCGUAGAAUAGUAUAGAGGACAGUUUAUACAUAUGAGAUGAGUAAUGCACUAUUUACACACAAUUAAAAUGACUAAGAUAUCGUAGAAUAGUAUAGAGGACAGUUUAUACAUAUGAGAUGAGUAAUGCACUAUUUACACACAAUUAAAGUGACUAAGAUAUCGUAGAAUAGUAUAGAGGACAGUUUAUACAUAUGAGAUGAGUAAUGCACUAUUUACACACAAUUAAAAUGACUAAGAUAUCGUAGAAUAGUAUAGAGGACAGUUUAUACAUAUGAGAUGAGUAAUGCACUAUUUACACACAAUUAAAGUGACUAAGAUAUCGUAGAAUAGUAUAGAGGACAGUAUAUACAUAUGAGAUGAGUAAUGCACUAUUUACACACAAUUAAAGUGACUAAGAUAUCGUAGAAUAGUAUAGAGGACAGUAUAUACAUAUGAGAUGAGUAAUGCACUAUUUACACACAAUUAAAACGACUAAGAUAUCGUAGAAUAGUAUAGAGGACAGUUUAUACAUAUGAGAUGAGUAAUGCAAUAUUUACACACAAUUAAAGUGACUAAGGGAGUUAUACAUAUGAGUAAUGCAAGAUACAGAGACAUUAUUAAAGUGGCUAGUGUUUCAUUUCCUUAAAGUGGCCAGCGAUUCUUAAUCAAUGUCUAUAGGCAGCAGCCUCUGAUGUGCUGGAGAUGGCUGUUUAACAGUCAGUGGUGUAGUAUAUAUACAGUAUAUACAUAUGAAAUGUGUGACGCAAUAUGCAAAUCCAAUUUAAAAGUGACUAAGAUAACGUAGAAUAGUGUGGAGUGCAGUUUAUACAUAUGAGAUGUGUAAUGCUAGAUACGGAAACAUUAUUAAAGUGGCUAGUGAUCCAUUUCUAAAAGUGGCCAGUGAUUCCUAAUCUAUGUCUAUAGGUCGCCGCCUCUGAUGGCUGUUUAACAGUCUGAUGGCCUUGAGAUAGAAGCUGUUUUUCAGUCUCUCGGUCCCAGCUUUGAUGCACCUAUACUGACCUCGCCUUCUGGAUGAUUGCGGGAAGAACAGGCAGUGGCUCGGGUUGUUGAUGUCCUUGAUGAUCUUUUUGGCAUUGUUAGGGCAUCAUGUGCUCUAGCUGUCUAGGAGUUUGCCCCCGGUAAUGCGUUGGGCAGACCGCACCACCCUCUGGAGAGCUUUGCGCUUGUGGGCGGUGCAUUUUUUUUUUUUUUUACCUUUAUUUAACUAGGCAAGUCAGUUAAGAACAAAUUCUUAUUUUCAAUGACGGUCUAGGAACAGUGGGUUUAACUGCCUUGUUCAGGGGCAGAACGACAUAAACCCCCUUGUCAGCUCGGGGGUUUGAACUUGCAACCUUCCGGUUACUAGGCCAACGCUCUAACCACUAGGCUACCCUGCCGCCCCAGUUGCCGUACCAGGCAGUGAUACAGCCCGACAGGAUGCUCUCAAUUGUGCAUCUGUAAAAGUUUGUGAGGGUUUUAGGUGUUAUGUCAAAUUUCUUUAUCCUCCUGAGGUUGAAGAGGUGCUGUUGUGCCUUCUUCACCACACUCUCUGUGUGGGUGGCUGCUGAAAUCAUAUCAUCAGGUUUUGUAAGGGGCGCAGCUU